CUGUAUAUGUGUGAUCCAUUCUGUGAUCUAAUUGCUAGCUUGCAAUUAUUGUGAAUAUUGUAUUUUUCUUAAAUUACUUGAUCAAUUAAUUUUGUGUGAAAGUAGUAGAAAUAAAAUAUUUGAGAACGCUGUGUUCAUGUUUUUCUCCUAUUUGAAUAGUCAAAAUGUGGGACUCGCCAUACUUGACUUGUUUAGUCUUGUAUAUAUUUUCUUUUCAAAUUAUCGUCACUAAUUCUCGUACUUCAAAUAUUUGGAAACUAAAUGUGGACGAAGAUCAAAUUGUAGAUGGAUCUACAUUAUCCCAGGAUGACUCUGAUAAGCCAAAAAUGACCAAAGAAGACUCAAUUUUUAAUAUAAUUACGUCUACUGUUUACUAUGGUAACACUUGGACAAAACAUGGCUUUGAUAUGUUUUGUACAGACUGCCAAAUGUAUGAACAACAAAGAGCUGGCACAGAGAGUGGUGAUGAGACUACACCAACAGAAACAAACGGUGAUCCUGAUGAUGAAUAUUUAGACUGUGGAAAAGCUGUGAACUUUACAUAUUAUGACAAUUUGGUUGGUGUAGCAAGACGACACAGGCAUCCCAAUGUGCCUGAACCACAGGUUGCUCUCAUAUUUACAAAGAAAAAAUCAUACAAAAAUGGUGUGACAGAGCUAGAUAUAAAUGCACUUGAAAAACGACUGAAAAAAGCCAAGAGAGAAAAACCAAAGUCUGUACAAUUGUACAAUCAGAUAGGCAAUUUCUGGAGAAUUAAAGGAGACACUCGACAGUCAAUUGAGUGUUUCAGACGUGCCCUUGCAGUGUCGCCUUAUAAUGCCGAAGUGCUGCUGAACUUGGCACGAGUACUGUUCACACUGCAAUAUCUUGACGACGCCAUCUACCUGACGCGGCGUUCAUUGGAAGUACAACCACCUGACCGCAGUGCGUGGCAACAGUAUUUCACUCUUGGAGAAAUAUUAAAAGCAUAUGGACAUUACCAGGAAGCUGCUGUGCAUCUGAGACACACUCUCGACUUGAGACCAGAUUUUGAACCAGCACUGGCAGCUUUGAAAGAUAUCGAGAACAUACCAGAAGCAUCGGUUCACGUUUAUACGCUUCUAAUUAUUGUUUGUUUGGUGAUGGGAGUACUCCUAGUAAUUCUGUCUUCAGUGGACAGUGGUGGUGAUGUAGAAGAACACAAGACCCAACGUCACUUCAACAGGGCGAUGGCUAUGCGUUCCCUGCGCGGGGUCGCGCUCCCCGGCUCGCGCGGACGCAAAAAAGGAGGCUCGUAAACACAACGGCGUAUCUCAUGCGAUUGGCCUGAGUUUGCUAUCUCUAGUUGAGUAUUCCUAGUCCAUCGAAUUUUACCCAAUUUUUUUACAAGCUCUUUCUUAAUUUGUCAUAAUCUUAUGCUUGACGGUGUUUCUUUAUCAGACAGCUCAAUCUUCACGUCUUAUAAAUUGCUAGAAGUUUUACAUGUUAUGUGAUUACAUUAUUUGAUAACUGAAUUAUCUCUCAAUAAAACCAUAAUUCUAGGCACUUAGAAACAUCAAGAGCCUUACUAAUCCAGUAUUAUAUUUUACAUUUGCUAACCUUGAAAAAUCAAAAAUUGUACCUUUAUACUUUGAUAGGUUGUGAUUUCAAUAUUAUUUUUGAGAGAUUUCAAACUCAGGCAUGCCAUUGCGAAAUUAUUACAUUUUCUCGCAUAAAAAAAAAAAUUACGAGUGAUAUCGAUAAAAAUGUUUAUUUAUAAUAUUGCUAUUGAUAUGCGUGCAGAAAAGAAAACUGAUAGAUACAUUGUGGCACUGUUCUGUUACAUCCAUCUUUAUAAACAGAUAAUACUAUAAUAUAAAAUUGUUUUAUAAGCUAACAGAGUAAAAUUUUAUUUCCAAGCUCUAAAAUGUUACUUUAUUAGAGAAGAAGAAUAGUUAAAAGUUGAUAAUUAAUUACUUUUCAUAUAUUGACUUAAUGUUUUCCGACAUCAUUUGACAUGAUACGCAUUUAGAUAAUAAUAAUAAUAAUCUAAAAUUAAUGUUUGAUUAAUGAAUAGUUUAUGAUACUAUGCCAAAUUGAAAGUUAUUUUAAUAGUUUAACCAUAAGCAAAGAAAGAAAUAUAAAUUCAAAAAUAUAGCAGUGUAGAUUAUUAUUUCAUGCAGUCAUAGGAGACUAUCAUACUGCUUCAUGUGGGUGUAGACAGGAGAACCGACAGCUUCUAUACUUUAAAUACUUAUCUCUGUUAGCUUAUCAAUAUUCCUUGUGUUGUGAAAUGUAACUAACUUGAUGCUAUGACAAAAUAUUAAUCGUUGGUUGUGUUUAUUAUAUUUACUUUAUGGAUGUCAUGGAACAGUACUGUCAAUCAGAGGCUAAAAUGUACAAAAAUUAUCGUUAUGUAAAAGUGACCAAUGCGGUCUUGCCAUGUUUAAUUUGAUCUCUGCUUUGUAGUCUUCAUCACCUCAUAGGCGUUAUCUAAUGUGGUGUUUCCUUAGCCAUUUGGAAAACGUAAUAUUAUCGCUUUUCCAUUAUAUUUAAAUUUUACAAUUGGUCUACAAUAAUAAAUUAAAUCCGCUCCGUUUAAUAUAUUUGUAAGAUAAGAUUAUUCUCAUUUUAACAGAAAAUGCUUUUCGUAAGCAAUAAUAGUUAAAAAAAUAUACUAUUUGUAACUAGUUUAUAGUAUUUUAAUAAUGAGGAAGCCUGAAUUUCUUGUAAUUAAAAAUGUGGGUAACGUCAAAUAAUAGAAAACUGCUAAAUACACAAGACCUGCGAUAUUAGACAGGAGUCAGGAAUACAUUCAGUUGAAGCGUCCAUGUCAGCCUCGCAAUGAGAGUAUCACUUUUGCAACCUAGUCAUUCACUUAGACAAGUUUGGUCCGCGCAGUGGCGGGACCCGGUGUGUAAUUCGUAUAGUAGUGCAUGCAAAGUAAACUUGUUAAGUGUUCGUAGUAUCUAAGGAUUUAAAAGGAGGAGAAAGUCUUAAAUUCUGAGAUUGGUAAACAUGUACCUGUUUUCAGUGGUUCUUUUGUUAAUUUUUGACUAUUUAUAACUUAAUACAUGAUUGUCUUAGCAUCUA